GGCGUUAUUUACAAACACUUGCAAUGAGCGAAUGACUUCACAAAACAGUUAAGCCACAAAACAAUCGUCUGUCUGAAGCCGGUUCAUUUACUGAACAUGGCGCUAAAGGACACGAUUAUAUUAUGGAACGAUGGCAUAAAUUCAUAUCUAGAGGAGGAAUUUGAAGAGGCUAUUUCUAAGUUUCAACAAAUCGAAAAUCCGAAUGCUCGCAUCCUUUACAACAUCGCCUUUACACAUCUCCAAUUAAACAGAUUAGAGGAUGCAGUGAAGAAUUUCAAAGAAACAGUUCAAAAAGACCAACACUUGGCCAUUGCCCAUUUCUGUAAAGGACUUGUAGAAGCAAAGCUCCACAGAUACAGAGAAGCCAUUGCAGAUUUUGACAAUGCUGUGGAGAAACUAAGAUCAGCAAGCUUUAUAGAUUACAACCAGCUAGGAAUGGCAUACAAGCUGACACUAUCUGAGAUUUGGAUUGCCAAGGCUACCACUAUGAAAAUGAUGGGUAGAGGACAAGAAGCGGAGGAGUUUUUGGUCGCUGUCACUAAACAGGAAGAUGACGAUACGACCAGAAGGAACUGUAUCCAGGCACUACAAAAAUUACAGGAUAUGAAAAAAGAGGUAUCGGCAUUAAAGAGACGGCACUCUCUACGCAGUCAAAGUUGGUAUCAUGGUCGUCUACUGAGACAGGAGGCAGAGAAAAUGCUACGCAAUGAAGGUGAUUUCCUAGUCAGAGAGAGUCUUAACAAAAAGAAAAACACGUCACAAUACGUCCUGUCUGUCCUGUGGCAGAACUACAGACACAUUCUGCUUAUACAGGAUGAUGAGGGUUACUGGAAGUUUGAGAGUUUCUCUUUUCCUUCCAUUCAAGAAUUGAUAGAAUACCAACACAGCAGUGGUAAACCAGUAACCAAAAAAUCAAGGGCCCUGCUAAAAAAUCCGGUUGUCCAGUCAAGUGGGGUGGAGGAGGAAGCUCCUGAGUUGUAUGAGUUACCAGAUUCUUGUAUAUUUCAUCCACCAAAGGAACUGCUCAAAAAUAUAGAUAAAAGAAAUUACCUUGGCAAAGCAAGGGUGGUUUCAGCUUUGGGUCAAACUGUACGAAGGAAACAGAGACCAUUUGGCAAAGCAGAUGAUGGAGAAGAUGAGAACUUUGAAAGACCUGAUCAAGGCAGCCCACGUAGUUCAACAGACUCACUCCCAAAACCACGGCCAAACAGGCCACCUCCUAAGUCACCCCUCGCACAGCAUAAACGCAUGUCCGAAACAUCCAACAUAUCAUCAUCUAGUCAGAGCUCAGAAGACUCGGUGCGAACUUUUUAUUCUCGUAGGCCACCCCCUGCAUUACCCUCCAUAGCUCGGAGUAUCAGCAGAUCAAUGGAGGACUUGAGCAUGCAGGAUGAAUUAGCUGAAUAUGAAUCAGAACCAUUUAAUCGUGCUAGGCCAUCAGUCCCACAAAGGGCCAGAAUGUCUGCUGAUUUAGAACAUAUUUAUGUUAAUACAAUGAAUACUCAAAGACCGAUAGGCAAUAAUAAUUUUAACAAUGAACUAGCGAGUGCUUUAAAUAAAAGGCUAGGGAAAGGCAACUCUGAAGGUUCAAAACCAAGUCGACCCUCAGCACCAGCAAGGCCUCCACCUCCAAGGAGGAACUGAAUGGCUUUAAGUUUACUGUUAAAAUAUGAAUUCAUUGAAGAGUUCAUCAAGUACUUUUUGAAAAUUUUGUAGC